CUGCCUCACGCGUCAGGAUUCCACAUAAAUUUACUGUUUAUUUGAAUGCUCUCCACAGGACAGGUAACAAAAGUCACAGAAAUCCUAGUGUCUUUUUAUCAAUAAUAUCUCUAACGAUUCUAAUGGAAAUCCCAAUCUUGGACAUCACACGACAGUCUGAGUCAGUUUUUUUCAGUUAAAUGUUCAAGAUCUCAACAAGGACUACAAAGGCUAGAGGCAUAAAUUAAACCCAUAGAAGAACAAAAAGGCUUUCCAAUGUCACAACAACACUGCCCCCCCAACCACCUCUUUUCAGAGACAGGCAACAUUCUGCCAGGGAACCCCAUUUCUCUGCCUGGUUGCGUAAUAUUAAUUACCAUUCAUGCAAGUGAGGCCAAAUGGAACGACUUUCCCACGGUGUCCAGAAAAACCUGGAGAGCGACUCCAGGAAAGAGGCAUUGGGACAUGCAGACUUCACUGGAACUGUGUGUCGAACACAUGGACCUGCACUGAUUGUUGCGACCACAGUGAUUACAGCGUCCAUGCUAUCUGAUGUCCAUGUGAUGCAAGGAGGAGUUGCACUAGUGCUGCACACACUGGAAAGAAGGAUGUGUGAAUAGAGAUGCACCCGAUGUCGGGAGUGGGACGCACACUUUGAAUCAGCCGAAAAGGUGACAGCUGUGGAGCAGAAACUGCUCAGAAUCUGAUGGAUAUCACCAUGAAUAUCUCAAGCGACGUCAUGGAUAUGGCAACCAUCAACAGCCAGGGAAAUGCCUUUGGCAAUGAAAGCAAAGAAACCCUGGAACUGUUAGUCUCUGAAAACAUAACCAUAAGCAUCGUCAGCCUCCUCAUCGUCACGAUCACCAUGGUAUCUCUCGGCCUUUCGAUGGAGAUUUCCAAAAUUAAACAACACUUUGUUAAGCCAAAAGGACCAGCUAUUGCAAUGGUGUCCCAGUUUGGCAUCAUGCCGCUCACUGCCUACUGUUUAGCCAAAGUCCUGAAAUUUGAUGACAUACAGGCUGUGACUUUACUUAUAUGUGGCUGCUGCCCGGGCGGAACCUUGUCAAACAUAUUCUCCCUGGCCAUUAAUGGUGACAUGAACCUCAGCAUCGUACUGACCACUUGCUCCAGCUUCGCAGCGUUGGGUAUGAUGCCUUUGCUGCUCUACAUUUUCUCCCAGGGCUUCGGUGAUCUGAAAAACGCCGUCCCAUACCUCAGCAUCAUCAAGACUCUGGUGCUAACACUAGUGCCGUGUGGCAUCGGCAUCGCCAUUAAGCAUUACAUACCAAAAUACGUAGGAAUCAUGAAAAAGGUUGGUGUGAGCAUCCUGGUCAUCGCUAGUGUCGUGGCUAUCAUCGCGUGUGGCACUGUCCUCAAAGACUUACUGGUGUCGAUCCUCACCGUAAACAUCGUGGCAGCGGCUGCACUGAUGCCGCUGAUUGGCUACACCCUGGGCUUUGUCCUGUCGGUCCUUUUCAGACUUGAUGCUCAAUGUGGGAGGACCAUUUCCAUGGAGACAGGGUGUCAGAACAUCCAGCUGUGCUUUGCCAUCCUGAAGGUGGCCUUUCCCCUGGAGGUCAUUGGACCCAUGUUUCUCUUCCCUAUGUUGUACAUGACGUUCCAGAUGGUGGAGGCCUUUCUCUUGAUCCUGAGUUUCAGAUGUUACCAAAGACUCACAACACCUGGAGAGGCACCACUGGAAAAUAACAAUGUCGACGAUGGUUACGAGCAGGUGAAGCAGCCGUGACAGCGUGCCAGUUUUUGGUGGUGAUGUCAGAGAAGAACCUGAUUUCUUUCUACACUCAGGGUGAUGUCAAUGACAUCUUAAUAUUCAAACAUAAUGACGACAUUUUUUAAUUUAAUUUUAAAAAAAAUUCUUUAUUCUAAAUCUC